AUGAAAACGAAACUAGACGAAGAUGCUGAAUUAAAACCUGAAUCAGAAACAUCUCGGAAAAAAAAUACCAGAAGCGCAAGAGAACAAAUAAAAGAAACAAGAAAAAAGAAAGAAAUCAAAACGAUCAUUGAAACUGAUUCCGAAAUGAGCACAGUAGGUGAAGUAAGUAGGGGAGAAAAAGAUAGUGAAGAAAACGAAGCAGUUGUCAGGUCAAGUGAAACAUCUGAGCCACCUAGUGACGAUAAGCAAGGAAAAAGAAAGAAAAAAGUGACGAAAUCAGAAGAGAAACAAAGUGAGGAGAAAGGAAAGAAGAGAAGGGGAAGUAAAUCGUCCCCGAAGGAUGAUGAUAAGAACAUCGAAAAGCUAGUUGAUCAAAUCAAAGUGGAAAAUGAAAUGAAUAAAACAAAACAAAGGUUGAAAAAAGAAAAGAAGUUAGAUGAUCAGUAUCAAAAGGAAGGAAACAAGAGUGAAGCAGACGAAUUUCUGGAACACAAUGGUGAAAAAGAAAAGAAUGAGAUCGAGACAGUGAAAGUAGUAGAUAAUCAAUUUACAAUAGAUGUUAACAAUUCAGAAAGCACAGAAUCUCAAAAUAAACAAAAUUUGAUUGAUCAGGAAACGAACAAGAGAAAUGAUGAAACUGGUCAAGAGACUAGUAAGCAGACGAAAGAUGACGAAAAGAUAGGAAUUGAUAAAAUUGAAUCUAUUGUUAGUACAGAAUAUUCAACAGAAAAUCAAGUGAACAACAAACCAGAAUCAUUUGAAGAUUUUCAACAAAUUAUUACGGAAUCAGUUCAGAAGCCACAACGUAGAGAAAGUAAAACAAAAAAGCAUGGAAAAGAUACAAAAAAGAAUAGAUCAGUCACUGACACUACUACUACAGGAAAUGAUGAAGACUUAACUAAAGAUUACAUCAAAAAUAAACAGAAAAACGAACCGAAAACACAGAUGAACCUGGUUGAAGUAGAAAUUGGCAAAAACAGUCAGGAAGUACUUGAUACGAUAUCAACAACUGAUGCCUUACAGAAUGAAGCGGAAAGUAAGGAAAAACAACGAAAAGAGGAAAAGAAAAAGAAAAGAGAAAAAUCGAAAAAUGUUGAUUGGGAAAAUGACGACAAUUAUGUUAGCACUAGGAGGCAAUCAAUGGUCAGUGAGCAAGAUUCAAACAAAACAGAACUGAUUGAGGAUCAGAAACAAGUAGAAAAACGUAAGAAGCAUCGAGAAUCAACUACAGAAGUUGGUAAAAAUGAUGUAGAGUUUGAAUCAUUAAAAGGUGAAGAAAAAUAUAUGGAAACUAACGGUAUGAAUGAUGACCAAAGUAAAGAGGAAAAACCUAAAGAACAACAUAAAUGCAUAAAAGCAGAUGAUAAUAAAAAAGAAAAAAAUGAAAAUGAGAAUAAAAAUGAAAAAAUUUUUUCUAAAAAAUUAUUAUCCAAAUAUAUUUGUAAACAAAGUGAAACAAUGAAAUUAGCAGUUGAAUUAAAAAAUAAUAUUUUUGUGCAAAAUUUUCAAUGGUUAUUCAAUAAAAAAAUUAUUGAUCCUGAAUCAACUGUCGAUUUUGUUGUGUGGCAAACAGGUAAUUGGAUUGCAUUGACAAUACCAUAUGUUAGACCAGAUUUAACUGGAACUUAUACACUACAUAUUGUUACUCCAUCUGGUGAAUAUUAUACGACAGGUGAUCUGUCAGUGAAUGGACAAAAAUUACAAUUGACACCAUAUAUCCCAUCACAAGUAGAAGGACUUAUACCAUUAUUUACCAAGAAACUUCAAGAUUACACCGCUGAAGUGAAUGAAACAGUUAGACUUAGUGGACGUUUAGUAGCUGAGCCGCCUGCCAUAGUUAUUUGGAAACAUAAUGGUAUUCCAAUAGAAAACAACAAAAGAAUUGAAAUCUAUAAUGAUAAUAUUAAUCCAUCACUUGUUAUAUAUAAUGUCAAAGAUGAAGAUUACGGUGAAUAUGUAUGUUCUGCAUCAAAUGUACUUGGUCAAACUGAAACGAAAGCAUUUCUAUACAUACAAAGUAAUUUAUAUGAACUUAAUAGUUAUGAACAUGAUACAGUUGAAUCACCAGAGUCUACAGCUAGACCGACACGGUGCUCAGUUUUACCGUUAAGAGUAAAUAAUAUUGAACAACUUGAAAUAAACGAUGAUGGUUUCAAGAUUGCCUGGGAUCCAUUAAAUGAACAAGUGACAUAUAAUGUGGAAAUUAGUAAUGAUGCAGGUAGAUGGUGGAAACCUGUACUAACCAACUUACACGAAGUUUCAGCUUACAUUUCAAACGACAUUGCGUGUCCUUUGAAUCCUGUACAAGUAAGGGUAGUAGCUGAAAAUGAAUUUGGUCUUGGACCUCUAUGUUUCCCGGUACUUCGUUUACCUAUACGAGCUUGUCUUCCUCACAUGCAAGCAGUUAAGCCAGAAAUUGAAUUUGAAGAAGCAACAGCAAUUAAAAUUCGAUGGUGUCCGGCAGUGCCUGCACUUACACCAAACCAACUGCACAAGAAUGUUAUGUUAAAUCCAUCGCAAUUACUUGGUAAAGUAACUUAUGCAGUUGAGAUUAGGGAAGGAUCUCAAUCAGAAUGGCGUAGAGUGGCAAGCGAUAUCCCAUUUCGAUCCUACAUUUAUCACUUACGACCUGGUAUCAGUUCUGCUAUACGCAUUGUAGCGAAAAACAGAUAUGGAGAGUCCUGUCCCACUCCGAUGGCAAUAGUCCAGCUCGAUCCUAAUUCAUUAAUUCCCGAAUUAUCAUUAGAUCCUCCAUGGAUAGCAAUACACUACCCAGGAGAUAGCAUCACAAGAAAGAAGAGUAAUAUCCGACUACUAUGGAAACCUGCAUAUAUGCCAGAGUUCUGUACCAGUUGUAUAAAAGGACUAAAACCUUUGUACCGAAUUGAAUGGAGGCGUGGACUAUCUGGACAUUGGAAUGAUUUGGCUUGUGACAUUAGUGAAUGCGAGACGGGUUAUCCUCUUCCAAGAGAACUUGUCGAAUCCGUGAUUAAGGAAACUCAUAUGGGAAAUGACUUGUCUUUUAACGCUAUCAAUUCUAAUAGCUCCAUCGAGUUUCGGAUAUUUUCUUAUAAUGAAUUCGGUGAAAGUGGGCCGACUAAAAGCUACAGAUUGAAAGCGUCUCAGAUAUCUAGAGGUCAAGAUUGUCGGAAAAGUAGCCAUAUAUCGGAUAAACUAAAUGAGAGUGAUCAAUAUGACUAUAUAAGUCUUCUGAAUAAACUGCCGAUUAUUUCACCCAGUAAGAUACCGAGACGAGGGGUUCAAAUGACGUCAGUUGUUCCUAAACAUGGUGUCACGCUCAAGUGGGAUCCUUGUACAAGUUCAGAUGUAAAUCAAAAUUCUGAUGAUCAUUAUAACUUACAUGGUCGCUAUCGAAUUCAGCGUAAAACUUUAAAUGACGUUGACAGUAAUUCUUCGCCUGAUAUGUCCAACUGGACAGUAGUUUGUAGAGAAGAUGAUCUAAUUCAUGGAGAACAACAUGUUCUUGAUGUGAAACCAGGUAAAACAGAACAAUUUGUUAGGAUUCUAAGCUUACAGGAAGAUAAAGAAGGCAAUUUAAAUUGGUUGGAUACCCAUGAAAUUCUUCGUAUACCAGCGUUAUAUGAAAUAUGCCCUCCAGCACCAUUAGACAUAGAGGUAAAAUUGACACCCCCAGUUGAAACACCAGGUUCUGCAGGAGUUCGUGUCACCUGGACACCUCCCAACUUUGAAUUUCCAUUGAACGACGAUUAUUUAAGACAGAUUAAAAAUCAUGCUCAAAUCGACUAUAGAAUAGAAGCUCGUACAACCUUGAGUGAUUUAGCACCUUGGAGACAGAUUGGUCUUGUAUCUGGAUUAUUAGGUAAGGUAGAUGACCAUAAAGCUGAACCCGGUUCACAACUUAUUUAUCGAGUAACGCCCGUUAAUCAAUUUGGCGAAGGUCCAAGUUCAAUUUCUUAUCCAAUCAAACUUCCACUUUUGUUAACAACUUUAGAAAGAUGUAUUGAAGAUUCUCGUUUUCUGAUACUUGGAUCAAAUACAAUUCAAUUGCGUUGGCGUUUAGGUGAUACAGUGAUUGAUGCAUUAGGAUUUCGAAGAAAUCCAAAUCCAUCAUACAAUAUAACAAGUCAUUUAAAUACAGAUGAAUCAGCUGAAAUAUGUGAACGUGUAAAAUUUUCUAUUGAAAGACGAGAUGGUUAUGCUGGUGAUUGGUAUCCUAUUAAAGAACAAAUCAAUGGAAAUCUUCAUAACAAAAUUACAUUAUCAAAUUUCGACUAUUUAGAUAAAGAAAUUGCUUGUCGAAUAGUUGCAAAUGUGGACGGUCAACAAACUAAACCUAGUCGACCUAUCAAUAUAAGUAUUAAAACAGUUCCAGAUUUCUCAGCUUUUAAACCACAUUUUAAUGUUACAUCAGUUGAGGAAUAUUUGAUAUCAUGGGAUGAUCCUGAUGUACAAUCAUUGUAUACAAGUCAUAUUUUGAAUUUAUCAAUACCACAAGUGUUACAAAAAGACACUACUUAUGCUAUUCAAAUUCAACAUGAAGGUUCAUUUGAAUGGACAACAAUAGCUUCUAAUCUAGAUACAAACCAAUGGACAUGGAUUCAUCAAAAUCCAUUGAUUGGGUAUCAUGUUCGUAUUCUACCAUCGAAUCAAUUCGGUAUUGGGCAUCCAACAAGAAAUGUGUUAAUACCACCACAAGUUAGUAAGUAA